AUGUGGUCGGACUUGAGCGUUGAUGGAUGCAGUGCAGAUCCUGGUGGUGGUGUUCCUGAAGAUGUUGAGUCUGCAUCAUCAGCAUCUCUCUCUUCUUCUUCCUUCUCCUUUCGCUCUUGCUGGGGCUUUUCUGUUGCUUCUCGUCAGGCAGCAGCAGUCGUUCCCUUCUUCAGUCGAUCUGCGUUAAGAGUUGAUACUGUCCAUGACCACCUCCUUGUAUACUGCCUGGGUUCCUGGUGUGUCGUGAGGGGCCCUGCUUCCGGCGGCGAUGCUGCAAGCAGCGCUGGUGUCUUUGCUCCUCUCAAGGGUUCUCUGCACUUUACGUCUGACUCAGAGGUCAACCCACAAAAGGUGGAGCCAGACAAGACAUGCAACGUAUCGCCAACUCCCCAUUCAGCUCAUAUAACCCCACCACAUCCGCUGGGGCCGCCAUCUCCCUCGUAUUCCGAAAGGGUCUUCUUGCGUCACCACAGUAAGGUGAACCUCCUGGUGUAUUCGCAGGCACUAGAUCUCUGCCUUUCUGCGGAACAGCAGACUACCACAAAGGGGUCUGGGGCUCUGCCUGUCUGUCGCCUUUGGUCGCCGCACACGCUGGAAGAGGCGGCGUUGGUGCAGCUCCCCUUUAAGCAGGAGGUGACCGCAGCCCAAUUCAGCGCUAACGGUAGUCUGUUGCUUUUGCUGCUAUCUGACCCUCAACACUCUCUUGCAGUGUACUUCAACGUCUCUCAGACGGUGCAGCGGCGACUGCCUGCUGAGGCGCACCUCCAAGCGGCCUCCGCAUUGCCGGUGUUGCGCCCCACUCAUGUCACUCCCUGCACCCGCUCGCUGUUGAACGGCCUCACUCUCGAAUCCUCAGCGAGGCUAGCGGGGCUGUGCAGCUUCAGCAGAUGCCGCAGCAAGUGGAGGGGGUCAUCGAGUGUAGGUACACCGCAGGACGGAGGAGACACAAAAUCGGAGAGCGGGUCAAAGUACAGCAAUGGGGAAGGCGCACUGAUUCGGGUCGGUACAUGCACCCUCCCGAACACCCCGCAGCACCUACGGGGACUCUGUGGGCCGUCCAUGGAGUUCAGGAGGCACCCGACGCCAUUCGCUUUCCAGAGCUUCGAGUGCACCGGGGAAUCGAAGGAGCUUCACUCGUCGGCUGUCGAAAACCGCAACCCUGUACCGCUCUCCCUCAGCAGUGAGUCGCACUAG